GCUAGUGACUCCGCGGCUACACCGUUAGCUCCAGCUCCGUUCACGUUAAUGAAGGGAUUAUUGUGAACCACCUCGGUGUUAGACAUGGCUCUGCUGACGCCGCUGCUGGCCUUCCUGUACCACCUGCCGCAGGUGUACAAGUGGCUGCUCCGGCCCUACUACGUAGCGUCUCUGUUCAUGUCGCUGGCCUUCCUGGCCGUCAGGAAGACCCCGGGGGUCUGCGAGCACCUGGACACGACGCGGGAGGACGGGAACUCCUGCGACUUCGACUGGAGAGAAGUGGAGAUCCUCAUGUUCCUCAGCGCCAUCGUCAUGAUGAAGAACCGGAGAGCAAUCACGGUGGAGCAGCAUGUGGGCAACAUCAUCCUGUUCAGCAAGGUGGCCAACGUGAUCCUGUUCUUCAGGCUGGACAUCCGGAUGGGGCUGCUGUACCUGACGCUCUGCAUCGUGUUCCUGAUGACCUGCAAGCCUCCUCUCUACAUGGGACCAGAGUACAUCAAAUACUUCAGCGACAAAACCAUCGACGACGAGCUGAACAGAGACGGUCGGGUCACGUGGAUUGUGGAGUUCUUUGCCAACUGGUCCCCAGACUGCCAGUCGUUUGCUUCGGUCUACGCCGACCUCUCUCUGAAGUACAACUGCUCCGGCCUGAAGUUUGGGAAAGUGGACAUCGGGCGUUAUGGUGAAGUUUCCAAGAGGUACAAGGUGUCCACUUCUCCGCUGUCCAAGCAGCUGCCGUCCCUGCUGCUGUUCCAGGGAGGGAAGGAGGUGAUGCGGCGUCCCCAGGUGGACAAGAAGGGCCGAGCCGUGUCCUGGAGCUUCACCGAGGAGAACAUCAUCCGGGAAUUCAACCUGAAUGAACUUUACCAGAGAGCCAAGAAGAUGGGCAAGAACAAGGGGGACAAGGUGGGCCCGUCCCAGUUCCCCGCCGUCCCCGAGGAGGACGAGGAGCUGGAGCAGCAGCAGGCCCAGGGGGACCAGGGGGACCAGGGGGACCAGGGGGACAACGCCGAGUCCAAGAAGGACAAGUAGGAACCUGGACCGGAGCCAGGACCGGAGCCUGGAACCUGAGAGUCCAGCUCACCAGAACCUCCUGCUACAUCUUCAUGCUCCGUCUGUUCCUCCUGAAGCAGCCGGACGUCUGGACACAUGUGUCCGUCUCCCCAACAGUCCUGCUGUCUGCAGCUGCAAGUCCAACAUGGCUGCUCAUUUUGGGGAGUAAUCCGUGAAUCUGAUGUUACUUUGUCUUUUUAAUGCUACUUAUUUAACCCAAAUUAGGUUUUAAAAGAAUGUUGUUAUUAACGUUAGAUUCUAACUUAUACCUCAGCGGUGCGUAGAGAGUCUGGUUUUUAUUUGGGGUUGUUUAAGUUUACUGAUGGACUGCAUUCCUGCUCAUAUCACUGAACCCAAACCCCGACGCACUGACGAGCCGCUGAAUACUGAAUAAAUGCAAGAUAACUAGUGGGAAACACUGUAUAUUUGAGUUGUUUAGCCUUUUCUGUAGGAAGGCUGUUGACGGGAUUCUACACUGGGAGUCCUGCAGAAGCAGCUGGGUUAAUAAAUGCUGUGUAGUUUAGUCAUAUUCAGAGCUGAAACCCUGCUCUUUAUCUGAUUAAAGAAUCAAAGACAGCGGCUCGUGAGCAUCUUAGCGUCCCAUUCCCUCCCAGCUGUAAUCAGUCCCUAAUCAGCCCACAUUCUCCUGAAACUCCAAAUGUACGUCAGUAUUUUUCCUUUCCGAGCCCAAAUGCUACUGAUUUGUCGUAGACUCAGAUUGUUUCCUGCAGCGUCUCUGCUGGUCCUGAGAGUCUUCCUGCUCUGGAGCUGCAGCAUGUUUCCACUGGGGGGGUUCACAUUCCAGGCACAACCAGGCACUUUUAUUUCUGUUAAUAUAUUUGCCUUUUCAGUAUCGUUCAAACCUCUUUUUUGUCUAACAUUCUAACGGUGAACUGUUGUGGUUAGGUUUGUGUUUUUAGAGGUACGGAGAGUUUACGUCCUGUUUCUUAUGUUACUACCUGUUGUGUAUUUUUUUUUUAAACGGACUUUACCUUUGUGUCAUGUUCAUUCCAGCGGGGCUGCCGUCGGCCCGCGGCCCCUGCACGGGAAAACUGUCUGUUUACACUCAAUAAAACUUUAUGCACGA